AUGCAGAGAGAAACUGCCCCAACCAUUUCCUCAGCCCUUGCAGUGGCUGACUUGCUCCUGCCCAGUGGCCCCUCCUCACGUCCAGGCUCCCUGGAGGCCUCAGACGUCCCCUGGCUAGGAGUCUCAGUCUCGCCUCCUUUGCCCCCAGAUUGCCUCGGCUCCCCCGUGUUCACCCCCAUCAAGGCCGACAUCAGCGGUAACAUCACGAAAAUCAAGGCUGUAUAUGACACCGAUCCCACCAAGUUCCGGACCCUGCAGAACAUCCUGGAGGUGGAGAAGGAGAUGUAUGGAGCCCAGUGGCCCAAGGUGGGGGCCACGCUGGCGCUGAUGUGGCUGAAAAGAGGCCUCCGCUUCAUCCAGGUCUUCCUCCAGAGCAUCUGCGACGGGGAGCGGGACGAGAACCACCCCAACCUCAUCCGGGUCAACGCCACCAAGGCCUAUGAGAUGGCGCUCAAGAAGUACCACGGCUGGAUCGUGCAGAAGAUCUUCCAGGCGGCGCUGUACGCAGCCCCCUAUAAGUCUGACUUCCUGAAAGCCCUGUCCAAGGGGCAGAAUGUGACGGAGGAGGAGUGCCUGGAGAAGACCCGGCUCUUCCUGGUCAACUACACGGCCACCAUCGACAUCAUCUACGAGAUGUACACCAAG